UGUAGCCCCUCAAGUGUCAUUUUCUCACAUAUACUUCACACAAAAGAAACAACCAUUCACUUCAUACCUUGUCAUUUCUUCUCUCUCUCUCCUUUUCUCUAUCUGAAAUCUCUCAACUACUCCUCUCAAAUUGAUAUUCCAUCCCAUAGAAAACCCAGAAAAUCUUAUCUGAAAAAUUUCUAAAACCCUUUUGCCAAAUCAUCCUCAACCUCCACCCACUUCAUCAUUCUUGAUCCUUGACAAAUAUACUCUCUCCUAUUUGCCUUAUUUUUGGAACAUAAACAACGGUAACAAAGACAAGGAGAUAAAGAGACCUACAAACUUGUUUGGUUGCUCAAAUGGAACUAUUUCCAGCACAAUUGGAUUUAUCUCUCCAAAUCAGGCCACCAAACAGCAAACCCACAACAGCAUGGAGAAGAACAGAAGAAGAGAUGGAUUUGGGAUUCUGGAAGAGAGCUUUGGACUCCAGAAACACUACGUCUUCAAUGGAAAAACCUGAUACCUAUUUUGAGCUUUCACUAUCAAAUCCAAGGGUUUCUGAGUCUAAAUCCAACCAUUUUGACCUACACCAAAACACUAGCAGUUACAAUGACAACAAUCUUUUCCGUUCCUUCCAAAAAAACCAGUACCAACACCAACUCCAUCAUCACCACCACAAUCCCGUCUUCCAUCAGCAGCAGCAGCAGCAAGGGCAAAGCCAAGAGCUUGGUUUCUUGAGACCCAUCAGAGGGAUUCCUAUAUACCAAAACCCUCCCCCUCCCCUUUCAUUCUCUCAACAACAUUUGGAUAGUACUGGUUCUCAAAAUUCUUCUUUGGUAACGAAUAACUCGAGCUCUUCAAAUUUUAGUCCCUAUAAGUCUCCAGGUUUGAUGAGAUCAAGAUUGAUGUCCAGAUUUCCGGCUAAACGCAGCAUGAGAGCACCGAGGAUGCGGUGGACUUCUACCCUUCAUGCUCGCUUUGUUCAUGCUGUUGAGCUGUUGGGUGGCCACGAAAGGGCUACACCCAAGUCAGUUCUUGAGCUCAUGGAUGUGAAAGAUCUCACCUUGGCGCAUGUUAAAUCUCAUUUACAGAUGUAUCGGACAGUGAAGACAACGGAUCAAGCAGCAGCUUCAUCAGGACAAUCAGACGUAAUUGAUAAUGUAUCAUCUGGAGAUACUUCUGAAGAUUUGAUGUUUGACAUUCAAAACUCAAGGCCUGAAAUGCAACAAGGAAGACCAAGUGGUCACCAGGAAAAUAAGAACUUUCAUGGCUUCUGGAGCAAUAAUUCAUCAAGCAGGGAAGCAGCUUGUUUGCAUGUGAAAUCAAAGGAUUCUGGUGAAAACUUACCAUGUCCUGAGCCGAAGGACAUGGAUCCAAAGUGCUUAAGCCAUGAAAGAAUAUCAGAUGUAAGCUCAUCAACGCUUUCUUGGACGAACCCCAAGAAGCCUAAUUUGGAGUUCACCUUGGGCAGGCCACAUUGAUGAGUUAACCAACCCACUGUGUACUAUCAUUUUGAAAUCAUUAUAUCUCUCAUGGGGACUGGUGAAGAGAAUCAGGUACCCAGCUGAGAAAAUCUGAGAAUAAAAGAAAAGGAAAAGAAAAAGAGAGAAAAAGGAAAGAAAAGAAAAAGAGAGCUAAAGAAAGACAUGGAGACAAGAUAGACAGAAAGCAACAAAAGGAAAGACGAAAAAGCAUGUCUUUCCUGUGAAGCUGUGAGAUCCAAAUUAACAUAUUAUAUUCCUACGUAAAUAUGAAGCCUGAUUGAUUUUGUAUGUUGUGCACUCUUAAGUGAGAAAGCAAAUUCCUGAAAGGCAAAAAGCGAGAAGGGCAAAGAAAGGGAUUUAGAUAGACAGAUAGAGAGAGAGAGGUGAUCCAAUUGGUUAUUGUAAUGGAGCACUUUACCUUCACAAGAAUAUUUUGUUAUUUUUACCAAAA